GCGCUUCCGGGACGCGGAGCACGUGAUCCUCCGGCAAACCAUAGACUUACGAAAGGUGAAACCGGGGAGGGGGGAAACGUGAAGAGGGAUGCUGAACUUCGGGUAGACUCUGGCUUUUGAGGAGUACACGCGUCCUGGUCUGCGCUACCAGUUUUUGUGAAACAUGCAGAAGAUUGGGUGUUAGGCCUCGUCCUUCCCAAGAUGGCGGUGCCCAUGAGUGAGUACUGUAAAGUGCUUGGGGAUGCCCAGCUCCCGGGCGGAGCAGCGCCAUACGGGAACUUCCCUGAUUACUCUCGCUUCCACCCACCGGAGGGACGCAUCCAGCUCUUGCCCAGCGCGUUGCUGAGCAAGCUGUUCCCUAACCCACGUGCAAAGCCCCUUUUGGGGCUGGAUGUGGGGUGCAAUUCGGGGGAGCUCAGCGUCGCCCUGUACAGGCACCUCCUGGGGCUUCAGGAGACCCAAGCCUGCCAGGAGCACCUGAAUCAACUUCGCCUUCUCUGCUGCGACAUUGACGCUGGGCUGAUCGAGAGAGCCAGGCAACAGAACCCCUUCCCUGCCUCAGUUUCCUACGCCGUCCUCGACAUCAUGGACCCCGACGCAAGGGAGACGGUGUUGAGGUCCUACCUGGGCAACUUUGGCCGCUCCACAUUUGACAUCGCCUUCUGUAUGUCCGUGACCAUGUGGAUCCACCUCAAUCAUGGAGACCGCGGCCUGGUGACGUUCUUGUCUUACCUUGCGUCUAAAUGCGCCUACUUGCUCCUCGAACCCCAGCCGUGGAAGUGCUACCGGUCAGCUGCCCGGCGCCUGCGGAAACUGGGCAGGCACGACUUUGACCACUUCCGGUCCCUCGCCAUCAAAGGGGACGUGGUGGAGAGGAUAACCCAGAUCUUGACCACCGAUUGUGCCAUGGAACUGGUGUCUUGCUUUGGGAGCACGAGUUGGGACAGGAGCCUCUUGUUAUUUAAAUCAAAAGAGGCUCAGGAUCUGGUGUGACCGAGGACGGCAUCUGGCUGGAGAGAAUAAGAGGGGAGUGUUCUGGGCAAGGCUAAUUGUUAUCUACAGUUCUGUGACUGCACUGAAAGUGGGAUAGAGAGGAGUCCAAUUCAUUUUGUUGU